GUGAAUCAUUCUCGCCAGACUUGUGAAGCGAUCUAGCUAUUUCAUCCCGCAUCUAGCCUCUUACAACAUGCAGGCUAAAAUGUUGGCACAUACGGAGAGUGUGGAAAAGGAAAUACUGAAACUCCGUCGUGAGAUAGAGGAUUUGGAACAAUCUGUGAAGAUCGAUCCUGAAAUUUCCAAGCUCGAAACUCAAAACAAUAAGCUCAAAUAUCAGAUAUCUCACCUACAACAAGCUAUAGAAAAGGAAAAGAGUAAGAGGAUGAUAGCAUUCCCAACAUUCUUUAGUGAGAAGAUAGGAACUGUCGUGUCCAAAUUGUACCCUGGUGUUUCUGCUAAGAUAGAGGUUGGGCCGAAUAAUACGAAAGGUAAGAAUGGGGAUUACCAAUGCAGCUGCUCUUUUUUAAUCGCCAAAGAGAUGGGUAAAAUGGGCCAGAAAUCCAAUCCUAAAGAGAUCGCAAACAAUUUGUCUCAAAACUUUGAGAAUGUUUCGUGUUUGGAGAAGAUAGAAGUUACAGGACCCGGGUUCCUAAACCUUUACUUGAAACCAAAUUUCGUUAGUUCCCAAAUACAAGACCUGCUAGUAAACGGUAUCAAGCCUCCGCCCUGCAAGAAGCUGGAGAAAGUAUUUGUUGACUUCUCCUCACCCAACAUUGCUAAAGAAAUGCACGUCGGUCAUUUGCGGUCCACUAUUAUAGGUGAUACUGUGUGUAGACUGCUAGAGUUUGUUGGGCAUGACGUUCAUAGGGUAAAUCACCUGGGAGAUUGGGGCACACAGUUUGGUAUGUUCAGUCCUCCUCCCCCUCCUCAGUCCUCCUCCUCCUCCUCCUCCUCCUAUAGCCAUUUGAUAUUCACGGAAGAAGAAGAAGUACCCAUGAUGAUAGUAAAAAGUGACGGUGGUUUCACUUAUGACACCUCUGACCUCGCAGCAAUUAAGUACAGAAUGGUAACAAAUGAGGCUGACUGGGGUAUUUAUGUUGUAGACAGUGGUCAGGGACUUCACUUUAAGCUACUUUUCUCUGCAGCUAAAAAGAUAGGACUUAUUAAACCUGAACAGAAGUUAAGUCACGUGGGAUUCGGUGUAGUGUUGGGAGAAGACAGGAAGAAGUUUAAGACUAGAUCUGGAGAUACAGUCAAACUCAAAGAUCUUCUUGACGAAGGAUUACAGAGGGCAGAUAAGAAGAUAAGAGAAAAGGAAGAGAUAAAGAAGGAGAAGGGCGGUGCGGGUUUGUUAUCCGAGGAGGAGAUCAUAUCUUGUAGAGACGCUGUCACGUAUGGGUGCAUCAAGUUCGCUGAUCUUACUUGCACUAGAACUAACGAUUAUGUGUUCUCUUUUGAUAAGAUGCUUGAUGAUAAGGGAAAGACUGCAGUGUACCUUCUGUACGCUCUGACCAGGAUCAGAUCAAUAGCACGCAAUGCGGGAAAGUCGCGGGAAGAACUUCUCAAACACGCACAAGAGAAUCCUCUCAACUUAGAACACGAAGCAGAGUUAAGGCUCGCUAAGAUGCUCCUUCGUUUCGCUGAGGUGAUAGAAGAGAUAACAGGAACGUUACAACCGCAUACCUUGUGUAAUUACUUGUACGAAAUAUCUACCGCCUUUACUUACUUCUACGAUAACUGUUACUGUAUUCAAAAGGACAGGGAGACGGGAGAGAUAAUAAAAAUCCACAUGGAUAGAUUGCUACUUUGUGAAGCAACUGCCCGAGUAAUGGAGAAAUGCUUCAACUUGUUGGGUAUAAAGACUGUCUCUAGGAUGUGAUUUAGUUCUAGUUUUAGGUUUCUUUUAUCUAUUCUUAAUUUAUA